GGAGGCAGAUGAGAAAGAAAUCGAAGAAAUUGUCAAAUCGAGAGAAAUCGCAUGCAGACAUAGAGAUUGCUUUCCCUUUCCAGUCUAGGGUUUCAGAAGAGUUUCUUCUUCCGGUGGAGUUUUGAGGAAUUAGGGUCUUUAAAAUCAGUGCUAAGUAGUUUUGGUUCUUUCGAGUAAUUAGGGUUUUUAGGAUUUAGAUUUAUUUGCUUAAGGAGCUGCAGAUGAGAGAUCUGUGCUGAAAUUUCUAAGAGAUGGCUUCUUCAGAGGUUUCGAUUAAAGGAAAUUGCAGUAAUGGCCGUGGAGAGAGCUUGUCUUCCGGUUGCAGCGAGCCUAAUGACGCCGGAGUCGCGAAGAACAGCGUCUCAGAGGCCCCCAAAGAGUAUCCAAUUUUUUCGACCGGUGGAAGAGGUUCUGAAGACGCGCUAUAUACAGAGCUUUGGCAUGCUUGUGCCGGUCCUCUCGUGACGGUGCCACGUGAAGGGGAGCGAGUUUUUUACUUUCCUCAGGGGCAUAUCGAGCAGGUUGAGGCCUCAACGAAUCAGGUCGCUGACCAGCAGAUGCCGGUUUAUAAUUUGUUGCCGAAGAUCCUCUGCCGUGUGAUUAACGUCCAUUUGAAGGCCGAACCUGACACCGACGAAGUGUUCGCUCAAGUGACUUUGCUUCCUGAAACAAAUCAAGAUGAGAACUCAAUAGAGAAGGAGUCGUUGCCCCAUCCUCCUCCACGUCCUCAUGUACACUCAUUCUGUAAGACCUUGACGGCUUCAGAUACUAGUACUCACGGUGGAUUUUCGGUGUUGAGACGGCACGCAGAUGAAUGCCUCCCACCCCUGGACAUGUGCCGGCAACCACCAACCCAGGAAUUGGUGGCCAAGGAUUUGCAUGGGGUUGAGUGGCGUUUCCGGCAUAUAUUUCGUGGUCAGCCUAGGAGGCAUCUGCUUCAAAGUGGUUGGAGCGUCUUCGUCAGCUCCAAAAGGCUUGUUGCUGGGGAUGCUUUCAUUUUUCUCAGAGCUGAAAGUGGUGAACUUCGUGUUGGAGUUCGACGUGCUAUGAGACAACAAAGUACCAUUCCUUCUUCUGUCAUAUCUAGUCAUAGCAUGCACCUGGGAGUCCUUGCAACGGCAUGGCAUGCUGUCUCAACAGGAACCAUGUUCACCAUCUAUUAUAAACCUAGGACAAGCCCUGCAGGGUUUAUUGUUCCAUUUGAUCAAUACAUGGAAUCUGUCAAGAAUAACUAUUCUAUAGGGAUGAGGUUCAAAAUGAGGUUCGAAGGUGAAGAAGCUCCGGAGCAGAGGUUUACCGGCACCAUAGUUGGUGUUGGUGAUGCUGAUCCGAACAGGUGGGCUGGAUCAAAAUGGAGAUGCCUAAAGGUCCGAUGGGAUGAGACUUCUUCUAUUCCUCGUCCAGAUAGAGUUUCUCCAUGGAAAAUAGAACCUGCUCUGACCCCUCCCGCUCUGAAUCCCCUUCCUGUACCUCGGGCAAAAAGACCCCGUACAAACAUGGUACCGUCUUCGUCUGAUUCCUCUGUUCUCACGAGGGAAGGUUCAUCUAGAGUGACAGUAGACCCUUCAUCAGUAAAUGGAUUUUCAAGGGUCUUGCAAGGUCAAGAAAUAUCGUCCUUGCGAGGUGCCUUUGCUGAGAAUAAUGAAUCAGACACUGCUCAGAAGCCAGUUGUGUGGUUCCCUUCACAGGGAAAUGAGAAAAAUGACAUGGUUUCUGCUCAGAGAAGAUACGGAGCAGAGAAUUGGAUGCCUCUGGUGAGGAAUGAACCAACGUAUACAGAUAUACUGUCAGGUUUGCGAACACCUAGUGACACCGCCCAUGGAUUCCGCCAAUCCUUUGUUGACCACAACACAGAUGAUUCUAACGCAAAGAAGAAGCAUUUCCAAGACCAGGGAGGGAAAUUCAGCAUAUUUUCAGGCCCAUGGUCCAUGAUGCCAUCUAGUCCGUCCCUGAACAUGUUGGAAUCUAGUAUCAAGAGUACUACACAAUGUGGUGAUAUUCCUUACAGUGAUUUGAGUGUAUUCCCUACGCUGCAGAAUCUUCGAGGAGAGCAGCAUCAAGGGAACUGGAUGUUGCCUCUUCUUCCACCUCACUCGGAAAAUUCUCAUGCCAGGGGGCUAAGACCAGAAUCUGAAUUAUUGCGACAUGAAACAGUGAAAUCCAAAGGAGAUGGAAACUGCAAGCUCUUUGGUAUACCUCUCUUUAGUAAUCCUGAGCCAUCAGAACCAGUGCUGCUGCAUUCAAGUACCAAGUGUGAAACAGAAAAUGAUGUCCAUCCUGUGUUGCAUCAGCCACAGGCUUUGGAAUCUGACCUACAUUCUGAGCAAUCAAAGGGGUCAAAGUCAGCUGAUGCUGCUCUUGUGGGUAAUGAGAAAGAGAAGCCGUUUCAAGCUUGUCAGCAGCUAUCUCGAGAUGCAGAGAGUAAACAACAAGGUUCAACGAGGAGUUGCACUAAGGUUCACAAGCAGGGGAUUGCUCUUGGAAGGUCUGUCGACUUGAACAAGUUCAACAGUUAUGAUGACUUGAUUGCUGAACUGGAUCAGAUGUUUGAGUUCAAUGGUGAAUUAAUGGCUCCCAGCAAGAGUUGGCUGAUUGUGUAUACUGAUAAUGAGGGUGAUAUGAUGCUUGUAGGAGAUGAUCCCUGGCAAGAAUUCUGUAGCAUGGUUCGUAAGAUCUUCAUUUACACUAGAGAGGAGGUUCAGAAAAUGAACCCUGGGAAUCUGAAUCCGAAGAUUGAAGAAAGCCCAGCAGUAGCACAAGAAAGAAUGGGUGUAAAAGAAGUGAAAUGUCCACCGCCUGCUUCCACAGCUAGUUCUGAUAAUAGUUAGGCAUAAAUUGCCUGGCUGUGGGUAAGUAUAUAUGUUUGAAGGCUGCACUUGAGACUUGCCAGAAGGGAUAUUGGGGCAUCUCUCCUCUCUAGUGCUAAGUAAUCCUACUCUCCCCCAGGAUAUGUGGCCGCAUCAUAUCCCAGUUUUGAUGCAGUGUGAUUGUUUUUUGUUCAGAAUAGAUGAUAUUGCGAUGCUUUUAUCUGAGUAUAUGAUGUAUACAUAAAUAUAUAUAUGCGUAUGCAUAUUCUCUGCAAGGAUUUAGGGUGACUUUGCAUCAUCCAACAGUGUAUAUAGUUCCCUUUUGUU